UCUGACAUUCUAUAAGCCAGAUUUCGUUCUGUUGGUGAACAUGACAACACUGUACAAACUCCGAUUUUUGUUAACAUCUCACGGAUUUAAACAUGCAAACAAAUGUAUAUCAAACGGACAACGUCUUAACCUCGUCUUACUUCCGUGUUUCGCUUCAGGAAGAGCUGUCAGCUCUUACAGAAAAGACAUUAACGGUUUUUCUCACUGUAAAGCGGUUAAAGGACACUUGUCUCUGAACUUUUUCAGCACUCUCACAAUCAGCAGACUCUGUUGGAAAUGCGGAUCUUCUGCUGAAUUAUUUUUCUGUUCAUCCUGUAAAGUGAUCCAGCCUCCUGAUGACAAGACGAAUUAUUUUGACAUCUUGAAGUGUGAACAAAAAUUUUCUUUGGACACCCAGAAACUUCAGAAAAGAUAUGUUGAGCUGCAAAGAUAUCUCCAUCCUGACAACUUCAGCCAGAAGUCAUUGAAAGAGCAGGAAUAUUCAGAAGAACAAUCAGCACUGGUGAACAAAGCCUACAGAACGCUGCAGAAGCCUUUGAGUCGAGCCGUCUACAUGCUGGAGCUGCGAGGGGUUUUGCUGGAGGAAGGCACCGACGCCGGCGCGGACCCCGCGUUCCUCCUCGAGGUCCUGGAGAUCAACGAGAGCCUCGCGGAGACGGCGAGCCGAGACGAGGUCAACGCUAUCGGCCGGUCUGUGCGAGAAAAACUCAAAGACUUGACUGAGCGGAUGAAUUCAUCUCUGAACAAAGGGGAUCUGCUGACCGCCAAAGAGCUCCUGGCCCAAAUGAAGUACUUCACAAAUAUAGAGGAGAAGGUAAAAGACAGAAUUACAGAGGGUUGCUGAGGGGAAAACUGUAAAAAAAAAAAAUGUGCAAUUGUAUUCCGGCUCAGUGAAAGAUUUCACGCUUGUGUUUGGAUGUUUUAAUAGUAGUAUUUAUUGUUAAGGGUGUAUAUUUGUUGGAUCGUUUCUGGUAUAUAAAUAAAGUACAUUAUUUUAAUCUAAA